GGCACAUCUGGACAGCUGCGCUGAGGAACUGUGCGGCCCCUUCGCGGGCCCGACGUCAGCGGAGCACGUCCCCCACGUCCUCUCCUGCUAGCCACUUACUAUUACUCAUAUUCCCAAAGAAGCAACCGAGGAUCCAGGCUUAAAACUUUUUUUCCCGGCUAAUUGAGACCGGGCCAGAUCCCAUCCAGCGCACAGUUUAAUUUUCAUGGGGCUCUGGGAUCAAAAGAACAGAAACAGCAACAACAAAAGCCCAGCCGCUGUCUGAUUUAAAACUGGCCAAGUGAGAAAAAUAGUGUUGAGUAAACAGACCGAGUUGGUGUGGGCUCAGUUGAGGAUGACAUGAUCUUGUUUAAUACCACUGUGGAUUAUUUGCUUUGGAGUAGCUCAUUUUAAUUUUAGGAGACAUGGGGAGUUUCAGAGGCCAUGCCCUCCCCGGAACCUUCUUCAUUAUCAUCGGUAUUUGGUGGGCCAUAAAGUACACUCUGAAGUAUGCCUGCAAAAAGCACAAACGGACUUCCUAUCUUGGUUCCAAAGCAUUAUUCCAUCGAAUAGAAGUUGUGGAGGGAAUUGUAAUAGUGUGCAUGGCUUUAACUGGCACGCUUGGAGAGCAGUUUGUUGAUGAAGGCCCCCACUUGUCCUUAUAUAACUAUAAAGAGGGCCAGUGGGUCCAACUCCUGAGCUGGCAUCAUUCCACCAUGUAUUUCUUCUUCGGGCUGGUGGGUGUGGUGAACAUCUUACGUUUAAUCACCAAUUCGCUUCCCAUCUCCUUAACCAAAUUGCUGUUGUCAAAUGCCUUAUUUGUGGAGGCUUUUAUCUUGUACAACCACACUCAUGGCCGGGAAAUGCUGGACAUCUUUGUGCAUCAGCUGCUGGUCCUGGCUGUCUUUGUGGCAGGCCUGAUUGCCUUCUUGGAGUUCCUUUUAAGGAACAAUGUCACUGUGGAGCUUCUUCGGACAACCUUUAUCCUGCUCCAGGGGAGCUGGUUCUGGCAGAUUAGUUUUGUCCUGUAUCCCCCCAGUGGAGGUCCUGGAUGGGAUUCAGUGGAUCACAACAACAUUAUGUUUCUCAGCCUAUGCUUUUGUUGGCAUUACGCAUUAAACCUUAUCAUUGUUGGAGUGAUUUAUGCCUUUGUUACUUGGCUGACAUCUGGGCCUCAUCCCCAUAGGGGCUGGGCAGCCUCCAAGAAUAAUGGCAACAUUCAAGGAGCCUUUCUAGCUCAUGUCAGCUCUCUUCCAUGGCCAAAAGAAGACUACUGUCUCUUCCUGUUUCAAAAGGCUUCAGACCCCCCUUAUCCACUUACAGUUUUCUAGAAACCAGAAACUCCAUAUUUAUUUUUUCAAUACCCCCCACCACCAGACACCUUUAUCAUUUGUGAACACUUAGUCCCCUCUACCUGGCAUAUCCAAAUCAAAUGCCAUCUCUUCUGUGAAAACUUCUGUGAUAAUUCUAGCCCUCAUCUCCCUUUGUGAGUUUGUGUAGUACUUUAGUUGCUACUACUCAUUUUAGCAAAUGUGAUCUAUCUUCACUAUUAGCUCAUGUCAGUCUUACCUACUAGCUAGAUUGUAUCACUUUAAGGAAAAGAUCCUUUUCAUAUUUUGCAUGGCUGUUGGCACGCCAUCAAACAUAUAGUAGAUACUCUUUAAAUACUUACUUGCUACUUUAACAGAUCUGCUCAGAGCUAUGUGAAUAUGGACUUUAUUUGUUUGGAAAUCAUGUUUCAGAUGCUUUUCAGUUUUUCUCUCAUGUUGCUCUUGGAAAUGUAAGACCAAGAGCUCAUGUUGUGAGGUAUGUUGAUAUAAACUUGAGCAAUAAUUUACAAAAUACCAUGAAGAUUCAGUACUGACUUUCAGUGAGAUCACAUGGCAGGCUAAUUCACUCCUAUAAUUAUAAGGAGUUUUGACAAUCUACUUUUCAGAGUUUGACUGUGAAGUGGAUUGUUCCUCAGUCACAAGUGAUGGAUUUUCAGGACAUUAUAUCAGAAUUUGUUUGACAAGUGCAGAGAUCGCCAUGGAAGCAAAAUUGUUUUAUGGGACCACAACCCAAAUUCUCAGAAAAAUGAAGUUGUACUUCCCAGUUUUCUAGAAUAAUGGUUCAAAGGUUGCCUCAUUCAUCCCUAUAACCUGCAGUCCUGAAUAUGACAACUCAUAGGAGAGACCUGUUUGGAAUUUUAUUAGAUGUUCUAUUGUUUUUCAUAUUUUAAACAACACUGUUUCACAGAACUAUUUCAAAAGUCCCUCUCUAUGGGUAGAGAAAUAUUGCUCAAUUUCAGGUUGGUUUCCUAAGCAAUAAUUCAGGUGAGCCAUUUCAAAGAACAAAACAGAGAUGACCAAAUUCCAGGCAUAUUACAGUUUGCCUUCUGGAAGUUUGAUUUCCAGAUAGACUCUAGAAGUACACCCAGAGUCUCACCUCUGCUCUUUCUCUUAUUAAAAAAAAUUUUUUUAAUGUUUACUUAUUUCUGAGAGAGAG